AAUUCAGUAAACCGCUAUUUAUUAAAAAACAAAAAUCGCGACGAGACACGAGGAAGCGUUUCACUGCGACGACGGAAAUAAAAUGGAGACAAGAGGAGCGACGCCGAGAGUCGCGGUGGUGGUUUUCCUUCUCAAGGGCAAUUCGGUGUUGUUAGGGCGGCGCCGCUCCUCAAUCGGCGACUCCACUUUCGCUCUUCCCGGCGGCCACCUCGAAUUCGGCGAGAGCUUCGAAGGAUGCGCGGCGAGAGAAUUAAUGGAGGAAACGGGGAUAGAGAUUGAGAUAGAGAAGAUGAAGCUAUUGACUGUAACAAACAACGUCUUCAAGGAAGCACCGAAGCCGUCGCACUACGUCACUGUGUUCAUGCGUGCGACGGUGGUGGAUGCGAGUCAGACGCCGCGGAAUCUGGAGCCGGAGAAGUGCGAAGGAUGGGAUUGGUACGAUUGGUUGAAUCUUCCAACGCCUUUGUUCUGGCCGCUUGAGAAAAUGGUGAGAAGCGGUUUCAAUCCGUUUUGUGAUUAAUUUGGAAUCAAAUGCUUCAAAAAUGGGCAUUUGGUCUAGUGGUAUGAUUCUCGCUUAGGGUGCGAGAGGUCCCGAGUUCAAUUCUCGGAAUGCCCCUCUCUUCUCCUUUUAUUUUUAACUUAAUUUUGUGUGUUGUUGGUCCCUAUUUUUCCUUAUUAUGACCCUUUUUUUGGUUGAGUUCCUUAAUAUGACUUAUUGUAGAACAUGUUUGGUACAUGGAUAAUGUAUUGUGUUAUUAAUCUGA